AUGGACAACUAUGACCGAGUUAUGACCUACCUUAUGGUGUGGAUACAUCGAUGCCUCUGUAUCACCAUUGAGGCUAUUCGGGAUGGUGACACGCAGAGUGACGCUACAGAUAACAACAGUGGCAGAUGCAGCCAAAGCGGUGGUAGAAUGUCCAAGGACAGACUGCUGUGGAUCCUCAAGGAUGCCUCUAUUGAUGCCGAUAAGGAUGGGGAGUCCAUCAGUGACUGGAAACGAACAUUGUUGCUGCUGAGAGAAGAGACAGAUGUUAGUUCAAUAUCUUCGGAUGACCUCGAGGACCUAGGUGCCUACUUUCUGCAUCUCCGCAACAUCACCGUGGAUCGGUACAGCGCUUUGGGCCUCACUCGAACGGCAUCAGAGGUGGAGAUCAAACGAGCAUAUCGACAACAAGCGCUGAGGUGGCAUCCCGACAAGAACCAGGACAAUAUCGAUGAGGCCACUGAGAGGUUCCAGCAGAUUGGAAGAGCCUAUGAGAUCCUCGGGGACUCACAGAAGAGGCGAAGGUACAACGUCAACGAUAUCUUCCUUUGGGCUAUCCCUCGCAGGUAUGACCUUGAGGGAAGUAUUGAUGAUGAUGCCGCUUUCGAGGAGCAGAACAUGGACGACUUCCUAAACCUCUUCGCAGGAGCAAUGGGAGGAGGCUUCAUGGGACCAGGAGUCUUCUUUGGUGGUGGGGGAGGAUUCUUCGGUGGUCCACAAUUCUAUACAGUGGAUUCCGAUGAUGAUGACGACGAUUAUGAUGAGGAAGACUUUUUCGAUGGAGUGUGGAGCAUACCUCUAGUGAUGUUCUCAAUAAUCGCCUUCCAUUCUCACACGUAUGUUUAUUAG